AUGGCAGCGCUUCCCUUGGGCGCAUCGGGAGAUGAUGCUGCUGGCCAGCUCGUCGAGCGGAGCCCGUCGCCGCCGCCCGGCAACCUGGAAGGUGCGGGCCAGGGCAGCCAAUUUUGUUUACACAACUCGUCCUGCAGCCACUUGGACGGGUGCACAUGCGUUCUCGACGACGACCAUUUAGUACGGCAAUUCCGCGACUCAAUCUCAGCAUCGACAUCGCGAUCCUCCCGGUCCUCGACCCUCUCAACUGCAUCCACGAGCCUCACUGCUGCCGACUGCGACUGCACGCAGUCUACCGCCACUGGCCCCUGUUACCGCUCUCAAACCCGUUCGUCUCUCCCCGGCAAGCGGAGCAGGCGGGACAGGGAGCAGCUGCAGGCUGCACGAUUACAGCGGUCAGGACGCGACGGGCCUCCAUUGGGCUCCAAGGACAAGCCUUCAAAACAUUCAAAGGCAAACUGGAGCCGUCGACGGUCAGGAAACACGAGCGGUACGGCAGAUGCCCUCGCCGCCGUUGAGCCUGCGAAUGAACACAGCCUGGUCAAGAUGUCGACUCUCGAGCAGCAAAGGUGGAUUAAUGUCCAGCAAAAGACUUUUACAAAAUGGUUAAAUACAAAGUUAGUAUCAAGAGGCCUCGAGGUCAAGGAUCUUGUCAAGGAUUUCGGUGAUGGUGUCAUGCUUAUCCAUCUCCUGGAAUCACUGUCGAACGAGUCCCUCGGCCGCUAUGCUUCGAAACCAAAACUACGCGUACAAAAGUUUGAGAAUGCCAACCUGGCUCUCGACUUCAUUAAAUGCAGGGGAAUUCAAAUGACAAAUAUUGGCGCCGAGGACAUUGUCGACGGCAAUCGUAAGAUUGUCCUCGGACUCAUAUGGACCCUGAUUCUUCGAUUUACAAUCAGCGACAUCAACGAGGAGGGCAUGUCUGCCAAAGAAGGCCUAUUAUUAUGGUGCCAAAGAAAGACUGCCUGCUAUGACGAGGUUGAAGUGCGAGAUUUCAGCGCAAGCUGGAACGACGGGCUGGCCUUUUGCGCGCUUCUUGAUAUCCAUCGGCCAGACUUGAUCGACUUUGAUUCACUAGACAAGCACGAUCACCGCGGAAACAUGCAGCUUGCCUUUGAUAUUGCCCACGAAGAGAUUGGCAUUCCCCGGCUUUUGGAUGUGGAGGAUGUGUGUGAUGUGCCGAAGCCCGAUGAGCGAAGUUUGAUGACUUACAUUGCAUACUGGUUCCACGCCUUUUCGCAGAUGGAGAAGGUCGAAAAUGCAGGCAGACGAGUCGAAAAAUUUGUCAGCAACAUGCAGGGCGCCUGGGAAAUGCAGACUGCCUACGAGAAGCGAAUGAAGGAGCUCCUUGCGGCCCUGCGCGCCCAAGUCAAGGAAUGGCAACUAGCCCAGUUUGAGGGGACGUAUGCAGAUGCAAAAGCGCAAGCCAAGGACUUUGCUGCCUAUAAAAGGGGGCAAAAGAGAGACUGGGUUGCUGAAAAGAGUGAUCUUGCAACACUCCUCGGAAAUAUCAAGACAAAACUUGGCACCUACCGACUCCGGCCGUACGAUCCACCCGCAGAGUUGAGUUUGGAUGCGCUGGAGCGGGAUUGGGGUACUCUGGCAAAGGCAGAAAUGAGGAGAGCACAACUGAUCAAUGAGACCAUUCGCGAUAUCAAAAACGCUCUUCGAAAGUCAUUUGCAGAUAAAGCUAAUGACUUUGCAAUGGCUCUCAACACGAUGCAACUUGCCAUUUCUGGUCUGGAUGGAGAUAUCGAGGACCAAUGGCACCACGUCAAGAAGCUGAGCGACAACUUGGCCCCCUUGGAUCGCUAUCUGGAAACAAUAGAAGCCGUCGACGCCAAAUGCUACGAGGCCAAUAUUGAGGAAAACGACUUUACAACAUAUACAUAUGAUGAACUAGCAUACGAGCUGGGACUCGUCAAAUCAUCAGUGCAAAAGAAGCUGGCAUUCCUGGAGAACCAGAUGGUGGCCCGAAAUAUGACCAACCUAACGCCUAUCCAGUUGGAGGAGUUUGAAAGUGUCUUUCGCCAUUUUGACAGAGAUGACUCGAAUUCUCUUCAUGAGAUUGAGUUUGGCGCUGCCCUUGCCUCUCUUGGACUGGUAUUUUCUGAGGAAGAGAUGCAUGACUACUUCUUGGAGACGUCUGGCGGGCGCGACGAGGUAACAUUCGAGCAGUUUAUUCGAUUCAUGGUGGACGUCACGGAGGAUCAAAACACUGCAGAGCAAGUGUUCCAGUCAUUCCGUGAAGUGGCCGACGGCAAACCGUACGUGACGGAGAUGGACCUGCGGCAUAGUCUGGUCCCUGACGAGGUCAUUGAUAAACUUGUCGAGAUGAUGCCCCCUCACAAGGGUCCGGACAUGUCGCAAGACCGCGGACAGCCCCAAUUUGAUUACAUUUCAUUCAUGGAGAAGAUGAUCGACGCGGAGGGGACACAGGAUGAUGUGCCCAGUGGAGUUCUACAGGACCGUACUAACCUGGGCGACACAAAUCCGCGCAAGAGUCCCAAAGCAAAUGGGUUCCCUGGGUAA